AUGGACCGACACUAUUCGACCCUGGAACUCGCUAAACACGAUGAGACUGCUAGAGCUCCAGAACGCGACUACGAUGCGACAGCCUUUGAGCUUGAUACAAGCGCUCUGGCACCCGAGACUGUACCUGAUACCACCCCACAAGUGCUCUAUAAUAAUUCAUUGCCAGAGGCUCAUGGCAACGAGAAGCCUACUGAGGAACACCUUCAUGUCACCAAGCUUACACGCAAAUGGCCAUGGAUUGUUAUAGCGUUGAUUCUCGCUGCAGUCAUCGCUAUUGGAGUUUCGGUUGGGAUCUGGCAUCACCGCGAGUAUUUGUUAUAUAAGCCUCCUAGAGUUAGCAGCCCUCCGGCGUCGAAUAUGACAUAUACCCCUCAAUAUAUCCUUAACGAUACAUCUCUGGCAGCCGUAUCCCUCUCUAAUGGGGACCGACACUUAUUUUUCCAGGAUAAUACUGGUUUGAUCCGACGUGCGGUUCGUGUUGAAUCUAACGGCCAAUGGACCACGACCCCGAAUCUCAAUGCCAGUGCGGAUCCUUCUUCCGAAGUCAUCUCCAACCCCAAGAGGAAUACGCCGUUGACAGCAAUCGGCCCUACAGAAGCCCAACCUGACAGCGAUAUGUCGCUGUACUAUAUUUCAGAAAACCAUACUGUGUGUUCAAAUGUAAUGAUCGAAGGCUCUUGGGGUCAAGAUCAAUACUUUGGGGGCUACAGCACCGCAGUGGAUACGCGCUCACUGUCCAUAAUCUUAUUUUCAGUGGCAAAUGAUUCAUCUAAUCUCAAUAAUGAAGAUUCGACUACCAAUAUAGCUCUGCUGUACUAUGAGAAUCCAAACGGGAAAGUAUCAGCGCUGUUGUAUCGUCCUCUUACCGUAAUCGCAGAAAACCAGAAUGAUGGACCGUAUUUGCUGGAUCAAUGGAUUGAUAUCACCAGUCAAGAAAGCAAAGCAUUGCCGAAUGAAUUCCGUAAUGCUCCUGGUUUUAACUACAGCGACGCCCUUUACACACACUCCGGAUAUGGAAAUGCUACAUUCAGCCAUACCUUAUAUGAGGCAGACCCGAUUGCUGUAUACAGCACUCCGUUCUGCAGUGCACCAAAUACCUUUGGAGUAUCCGUAGCAUGGUUUUACUCACCGUUUAACCUCCCGCUGAAUGCCAUAACUCCUCUCGCUGGCGACAGUUUUUUUGCUGCUAGCUACAUGGUCGGCCUCAACGGCUCUGGGAACUUCAGCCUAACAGAAUAUACACCACCCUCAAAAGAUUAUGCUUCAAUCCACCAGUCAGAUAUUGCAGCUUUUGGCAUACAAUCUGGUAUCUGGAUCAACGGCACACAGCCGGCACUGAUACAAACGGAAUACGACGAAAGUACAACGCUCCCAAGCAACGAGUUCCCUUUCACAAGGCUUGCUAGUGUGACCUUGACUGACGGAUCGGCGACUUAUCUAUACCAUCAAAUGAAUGGUACGACGUUUGCUGAGGAACAGUGGGAUGAUACACUGCGAGCCUGGCUUCGCCCGGAGUACAUAACCGUGUCAGAUUCCUAG